ACAUAAUCUUCCUGGCUAAGUGCAUCCGUACUGUAUGGAAGGCAAAAGGAAAACUCAUCAUCCGGUGCAGUCAAUAAAUCGAAACAAAUUAACCUCUGAACUGUUGCCUCAGAAGCAAACCAACAAGUGUCCGUCGUUGCAAGAGCGUGGGAUCAAGAACAGCGCUGCCCAGAAUUUAGCUAAAAACUUCAAGAAAACCUCUGAUGUGAAAAGGGCAGAUGCUAUCUUAAGGAAACGAAUCAAUGAUGGAGAUUUGCAAGCAAUUUUCCUGCUGGGGCAACUCUACUUUGAAGAGGGAUGCUUUGAAACAGCUUUUGAAGAGUUUAACAAAAUUAAAGACAUAGACUUUCAAGCCCUCUAUCAGCUUGGUGUGAUGUAUUAUGAUGGCUUAGGCACUAAGGAGAAUCCUGCUUUGGGUGUGGAAUACAUGAACAGAAUCAUAAACUCAGAAGAUCCAAAAGCACAACAUUUGAAAUUUGUAGCAUAUUACAAUUUGGGCAGAGCUUCUUUCGAAGGAUUUGGCAUCCAGCAGAGCAAUGCAGAAGCGGAGAGACUAUGGCUUCUUGCUGCAGAUGAUGGUAAUCCAAAAGCUAGUGUGAAAGCCCAAACUAUUCUAGGAUUGUUUUACUCUAGACCUGAGUCACAGGAUUUGCAAAAGGCAUUCUUUUGGCAUUCUGAAGCAUGUGGCAAUGGAAGUCUAGAGUCGCAGGGUGUGUUGGGCUUAAUGUACCUCACUGGGCAAGGUAUCCAUAAGGAUACACAGUCUGCAUGGAAUUGCCUGAAGGAAGCAUCAAGCAGAGGCAAUGUUUAUGCUCAGGGUCACCUAGUUGCUUACUUUUACAGUCGUAAGCUGUACUAUAACACUGUCGAUCUUGCUCAAAGGGUUGUUGAAUAUGACAAUAUCCCACGAAUAGCAAAAGAAACUGAUUGUUUGCCAGUUUACAUAGCAAAGGGUAUCGCCAUGGCUGCUUUCUACUACGCCAGAUGUCUACAGUUGGGCUUAGGGAUACAACAAAAUCAGGCAGAAGCCAUGAAGUACUACUGCAGGGCAAUUAACAUGGAUCGUGAUAUAGCAACUGACCUGCAUUUUCAAGUUAUAAUGGCAAGAAUUUAA